AUGCGAUUCCUCUGCGGCGUUCCCUGCAUGGACGCUGUCGUCGACGACGACGUGUGCGACAACGCGCGACUGGCAACACCAGACACUACCGCAGCGGUCCUCCGCAAGUCCGCGCAAGCGGAAGGAGCUGCGCAACACGGGGAAGGAAUCCUCCCCAGGCUGCCUGUCCCCAGGCUCGGCAGCGGAAGCCCCGCGGGGCGUCGGGGGAGCGGCGGCGUAUGCCAAGCCGCGGGCGCUGCUGCGCCUUCCGCCAACGGCACCGCUGGCGGAAGCCACGUGGUAGCUGGUCGCGCAAGCCGCAGCAGGCACGGCAGCGGAAGCGGCGGAGGGAGCGGGAGUAGCGGGGGGCUGGACGAGUGGGUGGGGGAGAGGAGCGAGCGGUGGUUGGGCUCCAACGGCUCUCACGCGGGAAACGCGGCGGAAUCGGCGGGAGAAUCGUCAGACGAGGACGAUGCGAGCGACAGCGGGAUCAUGUUCGCUGGGGCCAAAGCGGAGCUCGCUGAGCGCAUUUGGCGGCGGCAAGUGCGGGGAGCAAUGAGUAAGGAAGGUGCGGGAAGGGAGGGGGAAGCGGAGGAGGGGACGCGAAGGGACGAGGGCGCAAGAGAUGAGGGGCGCGGGAACGAUGCGCGCGCAGGGGAGCGGGAGCGUCGGGGGGAGGAGGUGGAGAUGAUUCGACUGUUGAAGGAGCGGAAAGAGCGGCAGCAGCAGCGCCAGCAGCAGCAACAGCAGCUGCAGCGGCAGAAGCGGCAAGGCCUCCAUCCGGAAACGGGUGGCAUGGGCACAGAAUGCGGCAGCUCGGCGAAACACUAUGUCGAGGACACGACUCGCCGAUUAGCGGAGCACGAGGAUAGGGGGGACGAGGAUGGGAGGGGAAGGGGGCAUGAAGAUGGGGGGGAUGUGGGCAGCGGGACGAGCGGCGGGCGGAACUAUUGGCGGGAAGUGGUGCGCCAAGGCUGCGCUGAGCGCGGGGAACACGGCGGGAUGGCGCAAGCGGAGGCGCGGAAACAGAUGGCGGAACCCGCGCAGAGGAAGGCGGAAGCGCAGGGGAGGGGACAAGCGGGAGUGGAGUCACGGGGGGCGGAGGCGGAGGGUAACACCUGCGACAGUGCGAGGGACAGUGAAGAGAGUGCUUUUAGCGAGGAUAGCUGGGAGAGGAGCGGGGAAGAACGCGCGAGGGAAGAACUUGGGGUAGUCGACGCGCGCGGGGAGGGGGAGAGACGGGGUGGCGCAGGAGAAGAAGCGGAAGAAGACGUAGACGCGCUAGAAGAUGAUUCGUCACCCGUUAAGAAGCUGUGGCAGGGGCUUAUGGGUUCAACGGGUGCUGGUGACACCACAGUUGGAAGAACUAGUGGUGCUAAUGCUGAUUGUACUGUACCUGGUCUUAGCGGCGCUGCUGUGUCUGCCGCUGCUGGCGGCGGCGGUAGCAGCGGCGUGUGCGGUGGGGGACAGGGGGGCAUGACGCCUAGGCGACGCGCGAAGAUGAUUCGACUGCUGGAGGAGGUGAGGGAGGAGGAGGGGGAGGGGGAUGAGGCGGAGAGAGAGGAGGGGAAGAGGGAGGAUGAGGGGGAGAGGGAGAAGGAAGGGAGGGAGAGGGAGGAGAAGAGGCAGAAAGGGUUGGGGAAUGAGAUGAUGAGUCCUGGUAAAGGGGUGGGUUGGCAGGGGGCGAACAUGGAAGAAGUGGGAGAAGGAGGAGGAGAAAGCGGGGAGGAGAGGGGGACUGGGUUUGACGAGAGGGAGAUGGGUUUUGAGGAAUCGCUUGGUGUGUGGAGAGCGAGAGAGGAGGCAUCGUGGCGCGAGAGGGUGGCGGGGUGGGAGGAGCGGAGAGGGGGCGAGGCAUGGGCGGAGGAGGAUGAUGGGGACGAGGGAGAAGGGGAGGGAGAGGGGGAGGGGGAAGGGUCAGAGCUGGUGAGAGAGGGACGAGAGGAGCAAGGGGAGUCGGUUGGAAGGGGUGGGGUGGUGGAACAGAGCUUGCAGUGGUUGGGUUCGGUUCUACAAGAGGAGGAGGGAGGAGGGAUGGAGAGAAGCAGAGGAGAGAACGACAGAGGGCUGGCAGUACAGUACGAGCUCACAGCACAGCAUGACUUAACAGCACAGCAAGAGCAUUCACUCAUGUCCUCCUAUGUGACCUUCGACUCACAGCCAUCGCCCACACCAUCUGGUUCCGAUGCAGCUGACACAGCAACAUCGGCUCUAGCACCCGCCCCCUCCCUCUCCCCUCCAACCUCCUCCACUGCUCCCUCCCUCUCCCCCCUGACUUCUUCCACUGCUCCCUCCUCCCCUCCGCUCCUCACUGCUUCCGCUCCUGCCGACCCUGCGCCUCCUCGUGCCGCCGAGCCUCCAUUGCCAAGCCUGAACCCGGUGGAACCGAGCCUGGCGGCGGUUCGGCCGAGGCUGACGUCGAGUGUGAUUCGGAACGCGCACCGCAAGGUGGUGGCACAGCGAGAAACGCCAGCGGUGCAGUCAGGUGCAGAGGUAGCCGGAGCAGUUGCCUGGGCUGCAAUAGAGAGUGACAGAGUGGAAGGUUGCGAGAGAGGGAGGGGUGGAGGGGAGCAGCAGGGGCGGAGAGGCGGUGAGGAGGCAGGGCAGGUAGAAGGUGAUGCAGGGGGAAAGGGAAGCAAGGCGGGGAAGGGCGGGAGGAGAGAAACAAAGAAAGGCUGUGGGGUAGUGAAGGAGAAGAAGGGGCGAGGGGUUAAGGGUGGUGGUGAGGCGUGCAGAGCUGAGGAGGAAGGGAAUGGGCGUGGCAAGGCUGGGGUAAGAGAGACACAGACAGCAUCAGCAACAGCAGCACCGUUGGAUCCAUCAUCCUUGCAAUCUCCAUCGUUGGAUGCAGCAGCGGGAACAACAGCAGCACCAGCAGGGGAGAGUGCCAGGUUCCCCCCAACACCAUCACAGCAACCAGCAUCAACAGCCAUCCCACCGUUAGUAGCACCAGAGGCUGCAGUCACACAGCCGGGUUACCACCUGCCCUCUCGCACGUCCUCUCACUCUCUUUCCUCCGCCUCCAUUCCCCCCCAUGCUUCCACAGCCACUGCUGCUGCUGCCGCCGCUGCUGUUGCCCGCUUCCUUGCAGCAGCAGACUCCCAGCUGCAGCAAUCCCUCUCUCCCUUCCCUGCACCUCCUGAAACCACUGGUAACCAUGUUACACAGGAGAAUGGCUAUCCGUGGUACACUCCUCACCACCCCUCUCAACCGUACUUCUACGUACCAUCCCCAUUCACACCCUAUCCCACCACCGCUCCCAACCCCCCUGGAUCUUGCUUCCCUCCCCGAGCCAUCUCCCUCGGUGCCAUCAACACCCCCCUGCACGCUCCGAACCUCUUUUUCCCAGGCUCGGACCCGAACCGCGCGAACGCAGCAGCAGCUCCUGCUGCUAUAGCUGCAGGCUCGGCACCGAGCCAAGAUGCACCUGGUUCGGGCUCAGCCGGCGCCCAGGGUUCAGCCCAGGGGAGUUGUCUGUCCCAUCCACCCGAAAAUGCUGCUUCCUCCCAUCACUUCCCUACACCUGUUGCUGCUGCUGCUGCCGCCUUUCCUCCUCGAAUUCGCUCACUCACUGCCAUUGGUGCAGGCACAGAGAGAGACAGCACCACUGGUGCUGCUACUGCUGCCGCUGCUGCUGCAGCAGCAGGGUCUGGAACGCAGUGGUCUCCCUCCCCUGGCCCCUCACACCCCGCUCUCCCCGCCUUCCCCCCACGAGUGUACUCCCUUGGGCUGCCCUGGGGGAUGGCUCCACCAAUAGGAGGGAACCACGUGGCAGCACCUGGUUUCAGUGACCACCAGCCAUGGAUGAUGCAUCCCCAGGAGCAGCAAGUUUCUUUGUCCGCUGCGCAGAGCGGUUGGGGUGCUGACGGUUGGACUGGUGGUAGCACUGAAGGAUGGAGUCAGGGUGAGGGUUUGAAGGCAGGUGGUGCUGGUGCUACGCUUCCUGCACUUGUGGGUGCAGGGGCGGAGGGAUUUGAGGUGCAUACAGGGGUGGAGGGAUUUGAGGUGCAUACAGGGGUGGAGGAAUUUAAGGUGCAUGACUCGGUGACGCUGCUUCCAGAUGAGAACAGCAGUGGUGAGAGCUGUCAAGUCGAGGGUGGUAAUGGUGCUGUCAGCGGUGGUGGCAGCAGCAGUAGGCGGGUGAAUAAUGGGAAGGACGUUCAUCCAAAUGUGGAGCUUGCGCACGAAGCAUUCGCGGACGAUGGCGCUGAACUGGCGCUAUCAGGGCAUGGGGGAACGGGAACGGUGGCCGCGCGCAAUGUUUCCGCUGUCGAGCUUCUCCGCGCUGGGUCGCGCAAUGACGGGGCGCGCGGGAGAGGGUGGGUUGCGGGGGAGAGCGACGACGACGACGACGACGACGACGACGAUGACGAUGACGCUAACGUUGACGGUGUCGGCGAUGACGGCGAUUAUGACGGAGAGGACGAGCAACAUGGGGAAAUCGAAAGGGAGCAAGGGUCGGCUGAAAGUGCUGAAAACCCUGGACAAUCGGACGCCUGCGUUAGCCAAGAGUUCGUCUCGUCGACUGCCACAGUUUUUCGCAACAAUGCAACCAGCACGCCCGCGGAAAACCCGGCUGACGUGUCCGAAGCCGCUGACAACCGUUUCCCCUCCGCGCCUCGCCUCCCGCGCGGCGUUUCCAAGGAGACUCUUGUGUCGCUCAUCCGCACGGCGGAGGAAGUCGGUGCGCUGCGCGCGACGGAAUCGAAGGACGCCGCAGCGCUGCUGCUCGCAGCCUUGGAAGACAUUUCCGUGCCGUCCGUCCACCGAGCCAGCAGCCUCGGCAAGAUCUCCUGCAGCUCCGGCUCCGGAGCUGCCGCCGCCGCUGCGGCAUCUGCAGCAGCGGCCGCUGCGGCGGCGGCCGCCGCCGCCACCGCUGUAACGGGGCGUUCGAGAAGACCGAUUUUGGGAAGUGGCAAGUUGGCGUGCUGUCCCGGCGCCGACAGCUGCGUGGUUCCUCGAUCUCUCUCCGCCGACCUCCUCACCACUCGUUCCCUCGAGCUAAGGCACUCACUGGAGCUCCGUCAGUUCAUGGAAGAACAGCGUGCUAUCGUGGGGGAUGGGCUGUUGAUUCUCGACCGUUCGAUGGAGAUGCAGCACAUGGCGGAGAUGGACCCGAUUUCCAUGGAGCGGGAGUAUUCCCCGAAGCACGGCGGCUUUGACGGGUCGAUUGAGCUCGCCGGGUCAACGGCGGUCAACGGCCGGUCAAUGGAGUUCAACCGGACUUUUGAAAUCAAACGGUCCUCCCAGCCGCCCGUUCUUGCCGAGCCUAAACCCUCGUGCCGAGGCAGCAGCUCAGCUCCGACCCGCCCAGCGGUACCCCGGCAAGAGCCUCUGUCGCCUCUCAUGCUUCCAAGCCACAGGCAUGACUCGUUUGCCCCCACUCGUCUCUCUCUUGCGCGUGAUUUGCCAGAGGAAAGUGAGGAGGGCGAGGAAACGGAGGAUAUUAGUGUUCGGGCUUGGGAGGUGCCUCAGGGUGGGCUGCAAGGAGGGGAGUGGACGCCGGCAGCAGUGCAGAUAGAGGUGGGGAAGGGAGUGGCGUUGCAGCGAUCGUCGAAUCAAAUGGCGAGGUUCGACGCUCUUAUGCAAGCUUGGAAAGAAGCUGGUCUGGAGAUCUGGGCAUGA